AGCUGUGAGGAAAAGACAAGGCUCUCAUCUUCACUUUCUUCUUCAUCUACAUCUACGAUGCAGGUUUACGGAGCUCUGAUCCUGCUUGUGACCGUGUCCACAGUGUACGGAUUACAAUGCUACAGUUGUGCAAGAGCCAACCCUCAAAGCUGCAAACAAAAGCACAUAAAUUGCACUUCUACCUUUGACCAGUGUUUCUCAAAGUAUGAAAAGAAUGAUUUAUUGACCAAGGGGUGUAGAAACAACUCUACAUGUGGUAAAACCAUGAAAUGCUGCAAGACAGACUUGUGCAACAAUGCUGUACCUGCUGUUCCCAGCAUCCUCCUGCUGCUGGCGUCCCCUGCACUUGUCAAACUUUUCUUCUGAGUGGCUUUGCCACAGCAGCCGUUUGUUGUCUAUGCAGCGACAAUGAUGCAUCAAAUACAAAAAAACUCUCAAGAAAUACGAUCUUGAUGUUGUUUUAAUAAAACCACAAUAAUAAAUCAUUCA